AUGCGAUGCAUGCGAUGUGCGGCACAGUGCGGGUGCAAGCAACGGAGAACUGAUAAGGCUAAAUUGAAGAUGAUAAUUUCGCUAUUGGCGUCUGUUCUUGUUGCAUUGGCGUCUGGUACACCAUACUUGUAUGGAGUUUACGCCCCGCAACUUGUGAAGCGAGUGGGAUUGACGGCACUGCAUUCUGCAACCAUUUCUUUGGCGUCAAAUAUUGGGUCGGGACUCGGUGGGUUCCCAGCCGGAUUAAUCAUCGAUGCAAAGGAUCCUCCGAUGUCCAUACUUAUAGGGUCCAUUUGCAUCAUGAUGGGAUACUUUGGAGUUCACGAGGUAUAUGUUCACCGGUGGGCAAACAUGCCGUUCAUUUGUGUUGCGAUGGUUCUCGUUGGUUUUGGUUCUAUCAUCAGUUAUUUUGCAACCAUAAAAGCGGCACAGGCUAAUUUUCCGAAACAUAGAGGUUCUGCCGGUGCUAUUCCUGUAAGCGGUUAUGGCUUAUCUGCCACCAUUUUCUCCGUGAUUGCAGCACAUUAUUUCAAAAACAAUACUGGGGGUUUUUUGGGCUUUUUGGCCUUGUUUUGUGGCUCGGUGACACUUUUGUGCUCUUAUUUCGUACAAUUGAAAACUCCACUUCCUCCCUCAUUCGACGAAGAAUCGGCUUUGUUAACAGGGACCGAUCCCACACACUCUCACGACCACCAUCCUCCCUCUGAACACUUGCCGGAGCCAGCAAACUCGCCCGUUUUAGUGUUGCUAACCAGCAAAAAGUUCUUAUGCCAUUACCUCAUAGUGUCUGUUUUAAGUGGAAUUGGCCAGAUGUAUAUUUAUUCUGUGGGAUUUGUGGUUUCUGCCCAAGUAACCUACGCAAAGUCAUCAGCUUCUGACGUAGAGACAGUUCAGGCACUUCAAGUUGGUCUUAUAUCAAUUGCAAGUUUUUCCGGUCGGUUACUAUCUGGAAUAUUUUCGGACAUUUUGCACAAAAAGUUCAAACUCCAGCGCCUAUGGAUUGUGCUAACAACUACAUUAGCUCUUGCUUGUGGUCAAUUGAUCUUGGUAUACUCAAAUAACCUUUCAUUACUUGCCGUAACAUCGGCAGUUAUUGGAGGCAGUUACGGGUUGAUUUUUGGAACCUACCCUGCUAUAAUGGCUGACGAAUUUGGAACCGAUACUUUCUCCACAACUUGGGGUCUCAUAUGCACAGGACCGCUGAUAACGCUCUACAUUCUAAACAAGUAUUUCGGUCGCAUUUUCGACAGCAAUACCGAUGCAAAUACUGGGGUGUGCUACUUGGGCAAUAACUGCUAUAGGCCCGUUUUCCAGCUCAGUUUUUACCUUGGAGUUGCAAUAUUCUUCGUUGCCAUGGGACUCAUGUGGGCUCAACGUAAGUGGUUAUAG